AGUUGGACAGGAGUAGCAACAUGGCGCUGGGUGGCGAAUGAUGAUAAUUGUGGUAUCUGUCGAAUGCCAUUUGAUGGAUGUUGUCCAGACUGUAAAAUGCCAGGUGAUGACUGCCCUCUAGUUUCUGUAGAAAGUUGCAAAAGACAACCAUAUUAAGAAGGACCAACAAAGAUACGCUAUAUUUGUUUACGAUGGCAACUAGGAAAAAAAGUCAUUUCCAAGGACUGGUUGUUGUUAAGCGGCGAAAGAUUUUAACCGUGAAACAAAAACUUGAGAUAAUUGAAGCUUUGGAGCAUAACCGUUCAGCUAAAGAAAUUGCAGAUCUGUUUGGUAUCUCAAAAUUGCAGAUAUUUCGCAUUGCAAAGCAGAAAAAGACUUUGUUGACAGCGUGGAGAAAUAACAAGAACCCUGACCAGAAGAAAAUUCGGCGGAGGAGAUAUCAGGAUGUUGAGGAAGGUCUUCUUGCUUGGUUUCAUGAUUCUUCACAUAAAAAAAUUCUUCCAUCGAGGGAAUUAUUAAUGAAACAAGCAUGUCUUAUUGCAAAAAACAUUGGCAGAAUGGACUUCAAACCUUCAAGAUUCUGGCUACAAAAUUGGGCAGCUGUUCAUAAAAUUAAUCUAAUGAGACUUCCGUUUGAAAACUCACUGGGGUUUAACAGUGUUGAUAACAGUGCCUCAAGUAGUCAUCAACCCAGUCUGUCCAUUUACGAAGGAACUAGGAAUCACACCGUCCCACAAAUAAAUUAUUACCAAGAUCAUUCUCGGCAAGACAUAAAUAAGAACACUCAGUCAGCAGGUUACACAACUCAAGAGAAUUCCAACGCUAACCAAGAAGUAACAAUGCAGUCUUUAUUACUGAAAUAUGAAGAUAAUGAUAUAUAUUUUAUCGGUACAGUGGCGCUGUACUAUCGUGCCUUGCCCCAGAAAAUGUCUGGGUGUAAGUAUGAAGCAACUUCUGCAGAAAAGAAUCCAUGGGAAAUUAUAUCUGUUGUUCUUGCAACAAAUAUGUCAGGAUCAGAUAAGACAGAAGUGUGGGUGAUUGGUCAAGAUGAAGGAUCUCGUGAUUGUUUUAAAGGAAUUAAUAAUAUUCCUGUUACCUAUGUCAGUAGUGAGGACACGUGCAUGUCCCCUGGCAUUUUUACAGAAUGGGUGCAACAAUUUGAUGAAUCAUUGUCAAUCCAGAAUCGCAAGGUUUCAUUGAUUGUGCAACUUACUGCAGCAUCGUCUGUCAAUGUGUCAUUAAAGAAUAUUAACUUAAUCAAACUUCCACAAUCAGAAACAAUGGCGCAUCCCUUAGAUCAUGGAAUUACAGCAGCUUUCAAGAAGUAUUACAGAAGGCAAAUUGUGGAGAGGAUUUUGCUGUCAAUGAAGAGUGGAGGAGAUAUGUUUUCUAAAGCUAUCAGUCAAGCCAUUGCUUACAAUGUGGAUCUUCUGGAUUCUGCUCAUAUGAUUCAUACUGCUUGGAAGAAUGUGAGCCAAGAAACCAUUAAGAAAGCUUUUGCCAAAACUGGUCUUGGGAAUCAUGAAUUACAAGAGGAUACUCUCCAUACUAAUGCCAAUGAUGAAGAUAUUACUCCAGAAGGAAUGAGUUCUGCCGAGUUCUCUUGCUAUGUUGCCAUCGAUGAUAACAUUGGCACAGUGGAAGUGAUUGGUGAAGAUCAGACAUUCAAUCAAAAUACCAGUAGUCAAUAUGAAUCCAUUUGUUUGCUACCAUCUGAUAACAACUUGCAAGGGGUAGAAGAAGAGUUUGUUGAUCUUGUGACAAAUGCUGAAGGAGAGUCUGAUAGAGAACACCGUCCACGUAGGAGUGGAAGAAGAUUGAUAAAUAACAGACAUGAAGCUCAUCAACUUAGAGACCAUUUAGAACCAGCUUCUGGUGAGGACGUUGUUGAAAGUGAUGCUUCUGAUGGCCUCAAUGACUACUACGGUAAUAGUAGUCUGCUGAAAAGGACACUUGUACGUCGAAAGUCAUACACACCAAUAAAUAUGUCUUCUGAGCAUCAGCAAGGAACCUCAGCUGGGCAUGUGGAUUAUGGGCAUCUGUCAGGCACUACAGCUGAAGAUGUGAAUGGUGUUAGUAGCUUUGUUCGCCAAAGUGGACCAAACAUUGCUUCCAAAGUAUCUCCAAGGAAAGAGCGAGCUGAUGUAUCACAUGUUCCCAGUCCAACAGAAACUCUGAUUGCUCUAUCAACAGUCAGACGAUAUUUAGAGCAUAUCGGGCAUGAGCAGUAUGACUCUUUUCUGAAAGUUGAAAGUGCGGUUAUUUCACACUGUACUAAAGAUUUACGUUGAUAUUAUCACACAAAUACUGACAUUGAAGCUUAGAGUAAACAUCUAGAGAUCCGAUGUUUAUGAAGCAUGCAGAUUACAGUCUUGGAGUAAAAAUCUGAUGCCCAUAUACAUAAAAUGAAUUUAAAAUUCUGGUUCAAUCUAAUUUUUUUUUUUAAUAGUGUAAUUUCAUAAUUUAAAAACAAACUGCAAAACUACAAACAUAUUUAUGUAUUUUUCGUUUAUUGGUAUAAAGACACUCUGAAUUAUCUGAAUUUACAAGACAAAAGGAAGAAAAAUACAAGACGAAAUGUAUUUAUAUACCAAUUUGAAGCGGUGUUAUUUCAAUCCUAGCUUGAACAAGAACUAGAAUUAUUUUUAAGAAUACUACAGUACUGGCAUAUCUGUAAGGCCAAUUUAAAAAUCAAUAGUUUCUCACAUCUGUAAGUCACCUUUUUUUCUGCUGCCUAAUUUUUAUUCUUUUAAAAAAAUAUUUACAGUAUUCAUUUUUUGUAUAUUUUUUUCUAAUAUAAAAAUCAUGCUUGCCUUUUUUUGUAAACACAAUGUAUCACUGAUUUGUGCAUUUUGCUGGCAUGUUCUCUCCUCUAUUAAAUGGUGUUAUCACGGUUAUCACCACAACUAGAAAGGUCUUUCUUUUUAUGAAAAGUUAGAAAAAGCCAGUUUUUUUUUUAACUUGGCCUUGGUUAAAACAAAACCUUCCUGGACUGUUGUAACUUAUUAUAAACUUGGAUGAUAAAAUCAAAUUUAGCUAUAAAGUCUGUAAAAUACCAUUUGUUAUGUUGAAGAAUAAUUUUUAAAAAAUAUUUUUAAUGUACAGUAUUAUAUAUUAUAAUAAACAAAAUAAGUAAUAAUCUGAUUUAAUGUUAACUUUCGUAGAUAUAAAAUAAGAUUUUUUUUUUGCCUGUGGCUGUAUAAUUGUAUGUAGAGUAGUUUAUUAUUAUUCUCUGUGCUGAGACAAGACAGUGUAGAAGCAGAGGAAUGUGUAUUUUUAGUCGAAAGACGAAUGUCAACAAAAUAUCUUAUCUAGAGCUCUCAAAAUUCUCAUUAGCUUUAUAAUUACAGUAGUUGUUUGCAGUAAUUGCUUUUAUACUGUACAAAUUACAUUUAAAUAUUUUAUAGUUAAAUUAAAAUAUAUCUUAAUUGUGAAUAACUGGCUUUAAAACAUUUCUCUUUUAGAAUCACACCUUGGUAUAAUUGUCCAUAAUAUUACAGUUUUAUGAAGUAUUACUUACAGAAUUUUUUUUUUGAGGAUUAUUUUAUUUGUUGUUGAUAAAACACCUUUGUGUACUCUGCAUAUUAAUACAGACACUUGCAUCAGGAGCCCCAGGAGUUACAAGGAAAAUAAUUUAGUCAUAAAUAUGCUCACAUGAACGAGUCUGUUAUUAAUUUUAAUAAUUACUCUGUUGUGAUGCAGGUAUCGAUUUUCCUGGUGCACAGUUAUCCAUAUCCAGAAAUGAUGGUUUGGUUUAAUAAUAAUAAUUAUUGAUAUUUUUAAUGAAUCAGGUGAUAUCACCUGUACAUAAAUAUUAAUGUUGAGCAUAAAAUGCUAAAUGGCAGCUUACAUGAAUGGGUAAGUCUCAAGCCAUCACUCUUGAUAUGGGUCCUUCAAAUCUGUACAGUAUACCACUAGGUAUGCUGUAGUCCAUACACUACUAGUACUGCAUAUAUCUCUAAGAAUAAGAAUAAUCAACCAGUACUAAUGUACCUAUAGGCAGUUUCACUUCUCAUUUAGCAAUUUUUGAUAUCUAUGAACAUACAGACACAUUUGAGUAGGUAUAAGGUACUUGAUCUUGGUAUCUUCUUGCGUUAUUGUCGUUUGAGCUGAAUACAUUUCUGUACACAGGUGUUUGUUUGAGUAACCACCUUGUCAAGGAUGCAAGAUUUUUUUAUGUUAAGCACAAUACUGGUGAAUGUAGAUUUUAAGCAUUCAAAUUGUCAUCCAGUGAUUAAUAUACAGUUGAUAAAUUUAUUCCAAGUAUUAUAAUGCUCACAGUUGAGGGCAUUUAUAAUAUUCAUCACACUUAUUGGUAUUUUGUUUUUAAUGUUGUAAUGAGCUACAGUAAUUGAUAGUGCUAUCAAAGAAGCUAUACAGUUUCAUAAGUUUAGUGUGCUUGUUCUCUUUAGACACUGCCCUCAUUAAGUAGUGGUAAAUUAAAGAUUUAAUUAAUUUACAGUAGUUAAUUAAUAUUCAUGUUUCAUGGGCACAGAUUUUACAUAUAUAAAUAACACUAAAAGUAUAGUGUUGCAUUUUAUAAUAUUUAUUUUGCUAGAACCCACAUCCACCUUCACUUUGUUUACCUACUUCCAUUGCUUUAAAGUAAUUUUAUUAUAUUAAUAUAUAAUUUAUAUUAAUUUAUAUGUGCAUGUAAACUUGUUAUUUUGGCAAAUAAAAUUUCAGUCAUA